AUGAUGCCGCAGGCGGCGACCGCGGAGCACCGCGGGGACGGCGUCGACCGGCGUAACGCCCACCACGAGCGAUCGGCCCGCGAGAGGAGCGAGCGCGAGGCGGGAAUGAGGGCGUUCGAGCCGCCGCCGGACGAGGAGGGGGCGGUGGAGCACCUGAGCGCGUCCGUCGUGCUCGCGGCGGUGGAGGAGAGCGGGCCCAACUACCUGCUGCCGAAGGCGCCGGAGCCGGUCAAGUCGCGCCGGAAGCGGCUCAUGGUGGACGAGGCAGCAAGGCAGGCGGGUCAGGCGAUCCUCGAGACGGGCACGCGAGUCGAGAUCUUCGCGGAGGAUUCGGGGGAGGAGAGGUGGUGGCCGGGGACCAUCAUGGAGCGGACGGAGGACACCGACGGCCGGCUCGUGCACCGCGUCCAGUACACCAACUUCGAGGGCGACCGGUACUGGCACGUGCUCGACGACGAGCAGUGGCGCAGGGUGGCGGACACGGGGCCAGAGCUAGAGCACGCCCGCGCUGGCGCUGGCGACGCGGCACUCCGCGACGGCGCGAGCUUGGCUGCCUCCAGACCAACAAGGUGGGACAACGCCCGGGGGGAGACGGCCGGCGGGGCGAGCGAGACGACCGGCGGGGCGGGCUCCGCCGAGACGACCGGCCAGGCGGGCUCCGCCCCUGACCUCAACUGGCCGGGGCGGAGGAGGGUGCGGCGCAGCGCCGCCAUGGAGCUGCUUCGCACGCGGGACGAGGCCGAGCAGCGCGAGGCCAGGCGGCCCGACGUCGCGCCGAUGCUGACGCCACACAGCGCCACGCUGUCGCGUCAUCUCGUGUGGGUGCGUCGCCUGCUGAGGGAGUACCUCGCAGAGCUGGCGGAGGACGGCCUGUCGGUGCCGAUGCAGCGCACUUCCCGCGGCCUUCACCCGACCAUGCGGUGGACGGUCGAGUUCGGCAAGUGGCUGGCCACGACGCGGAUCGUCGAGUCGAGGGCGUCUAGCUGGCACCUGGCCGAGGAGCAGUCGGCGGGACAGGCGGAGGCGACGGCGCGCAGCGGCCGGGGCUCGAACACGGUGUACGUCGCACUGCAGCACAUGAAAAACCACGUCUGGCGCGAGCUGUGGCCCGCGAUGCCGGCCGACGCGAGGCAGUACUGGCACUGGGACGCGCACCUCUCCGAGCCCUUCGAGGUGAACGUGGCCUUCAUCAUGAGCGCGUACGUGUGCCUCGCGAGGCAGACCGGCUGCCGGCCCGGGAUGACGAUGAACGACGCGAACGACCUCGCGAACACUACCAGUCACUGGCACGAGGUACCGCCGCUUCGGAUGAGCGACUUGCGGAUCGACAUGGACAACGAGCUGGGCGGCGCGCUGACCGAGGGCGCGUUCCGGGCGCUCUGCAGGAUGCAGGUGACGUUCAAGCGGAAGAAGGGCGAGUACUUCGCACACUACGCGUUCGGCACCUCGAUCACCCCCGACUCAGAUCAGAUGCUGCGGAUCGGGACCCUGGCGCUGCUCCGCCUGCUGUUGAGGUGCGGGAGCUUCCGCGGGUGCUAUGCGCGGCUGAGCCGCGCCGACGCCGCGGCGCUGCGGAAGAAGGUGGCAGACCCACGCGGAUUCGCCGGCCUCGAGCUCGAGGACACAGGCCACGAGAGCUUCCUCUCGCUGGUGCGUGCGUGCCGCGAGGACGGCUGGGUGCUGGACGAGGCGGCGCUGAGCCGGCCGCUCUUCCCGGCGGUGGACACCGCGACCGGGCGGUUCUUGUUCACAGAGAGCUUCCAGGUGAAGACGGUCUGCGACUUGCUGAUCCAGACGGGCGUUUCGCUCGGCAUGAACAGGCACCAGGUGGGCGCGUGGUCGCUCCGGAAGGACGCGUGCGAGCAGCCGGUCGCGGCGGGCGAGGGCGAGGUGGGUGCGAGGGUGCUGGGGCACCGGCACGUGAACUCGAGGACGAUGGACCUUGUCUACCGCGCGGACCUGCGGACACGCGAUCUCGGCGCGUACUGGGCGAGGCGGGGCCCGAUCGAGAGCGUCGAGCGGGCGCCGCUGGACUCGCUCUCCGCGUCGCGGGUGCCUGAGGCGAGCGGGGUGCGCGGCGUGUGUGACCUGCCGGCGGGCUGCUCCGAGCGCGCCGAGAUGGAGGGUUGUGCUGAGGUGUCGGAGGCGGAGGCGGAGCUGGACGCGGCCCGGCGCAGCCUGCUGGUGCUGCUCUCCGUCUCGACGCUGCCACGUCACUUCAAGGUGAUGGCGCGCGCGGCCGGUCACGCGGCUUGCGCCACGUCGUAUGAGGCGGCAGCGCUGCGAGUGCGUAACCGCCGGAACAAGGCGCGGCAGCGCGCGGUCGAUGCGUACCGGCUGCGCCUGUACAAAGAGGGCCAGGAGCGGCUGCGCACCUCUCCGGCGCUGCGGCGCGCGAUGAUGUGCACGCACGAAUGGGCCCCGCGAGGCGAAGACGAGGCGGUCGCGUUCGGGCUCGACCGCCGCGAUCGCACGUUCGAGCUGCGUGCGCUGCGCGAGCUUCCCGCGCCUCUGCAGGGCUCCAUCCUGCGAGCGGGCGCACUGCACGUGCUGCCCAGGGGACGCACGCGGCGCACGGCGUACGAGCACGUCCGCGAGCGCUGCGUCGGCCUAUGCUCACUGGAGUGCGGCUCGGACGGGUGCGUGGGAAGUGGGCUGGAGAUGCACUGGCCCGACUCGCCCGAGGAGUUCGAGGAGCUGCGCUGCGAGCACUGCGGCGCCGCGCAGGUGCGGAUGCGAUGGCGGCGGGAGGGGGGGGGCGCGGGUGCGGCCACGCUGGUCGCUGGGGAGCCGAUGGCGGCGGGCGCGACGCAGGCUCUUGGCGCGAGCGACGCGGAAUCGUACGGCGUGUGGUACGCGCUACGCGGCCGCGCGACGAUCGGCAACGCGGCCUACGAUGCCGGGGCGGCUGCGACGGUGGCGCCGAGUGCGACGACGGACAGCACGGACGCGGCAUCCGACGAGCGGGAGCGGACGGGCGGGCGCGCGGAGAUCGGGGGCGACGAGGAGGAGGAGGCGACGGGCCUGCACCCAGAGGACUGGAUCGAUGCGGAAGAGGCAGCGGCAGCGCUCGAAGCGCUGGCCGAGGUGGACACGCUGGAUCUGGCCCAGGCGCUGCACGCCGGCGCGGCCACGGGGGGUGGUGCCUCCGACGGCGGCUCCCUGCCUCGCCGGGUGCUGCGAAGCGGCGCGCACCGGCAGCAGCACGGUGGCGACGGCGGCGGCUCGCAGACAGAGGACCUAUCGUUUGAGGACGUCGUGCACCUAUGGGGAACGCCGAGCUCGCAGGCAGCGUCUCGGGCAAACGCGGGCGCGAGGCGCGCCUGA